AUGAAUUCGCCGAGUCGGCGUGAUUCUGAUAAUGAGUACAUGAUUGGAGAGUCGUUGUGGCGUCCGGCCGUAGCCGGUUCCAUAACCAGCCGUGUAGGAGGAUGGAGUCCUGCGCGAGAACCUGAAAUAUGGGGUUCGGCCCGAGGUCAGCACCGACCGACCGCUGUGUGCCGGUGUUUACGACUUGACAGUGAUGGCGCCGCCGCCACCACUGAUAUCGUCAUUAAGAGACCUCCAAAAAAAGCCGUUACCACCAUUCUGUUUGGCAACGCAUGGAGUACGUACCGAUGCGCAAGACAUUCCCUACCAGCGAUAAUUGUCGGUGUCAAGAAGGCUGGCACUCGAGCGCUGCUUGAGUUCCUUCGACUGAAUCCGAAUAUUCGAGCACCUGGACCAGAAGUGCAUUUUUUCGACAAGAACUACCACAAAGGACUGGAUUGGUAU